AUGGACCAAAUUAUAUCAGAUGCUAGUGAUUUUCACGAUACCCAGAUACCUAAUAUUUCUCAACUGGAUGCCCUCCUGAGGUGCCAUAUUUGCAAGGAUUUUCUCAAAGUGCCUGUUCUUACGCCUUGUGGUCAUACUUUUUGUUCCAUUUGCAUUCGUGAAUACAUUAAUAGACAGUCAAAAUGUCCCCUUUGUUUAAAUGAGCUCAGGGAAUCUAUGUUGCGCAGUGAAUUUCUGGUGAAUGAAAUAGUUCAGAGCUUUCAGUCAGUACGUACGAAACUUUUGGAGGUCGUAAAAAUGCCUACAAUUUCUGGAUCAGAGGAUAAAUCUCUCAUUGAGUUGGGUUCUGAUCUGGAGAGUGAAUCAGGUGAAAAUAUUCAAAGUAGCAAGGAACUCGAAAGCGAAGAAGGUGAUGAUGAUAUACAAAUUGUGGGAACAAAUCAAACGAAAUCUACAUUGAGACAUAAUCUGAGAAAGACAGUAUCAGGCCCCAGAAUCAAUAAAUCAAUUUCCAGCAUAGAGUCUAUGUUUACCAAGAGACAGACAAACGUGCGCAUGGCACAAUGUCCCAUAUGUGAAGAUUUUUAUCCCAUUAAAACACUCGAACGAGUUCAUCUAGAUGAAUGUCUUACCUUACAGUCUCUAGGUAAAAAGCCCGUAAAGCGCAAAGCCAGUUCGACUGACACUGGAUUAGCAUCUAAAAUGACCAAAGCACCAUCAACAUCACAAAAGAGAAUGAAAUCAUUGACCCCGCCAAAAGAUGAUAAUAUAUCUCACUUAGAGAGAUAUGUGACUUCUGUUGUAGACACUGAACAUCAAAGACUACCUAAACUCGAUUUUACUGCCAUGUCGUUAUCUCAAAUAAAACAGAAGCUGUCCGCGUUGAAACUAUCAACUGUCGGCAGCAAACAAGAUAUGAUUGCUCGCUAUAAUCAUUUCGAACUUCUUUGGAAUAGCAAUUUUGUAGAUUCAAUGGAUCCUGUGAGUGAAAGUGAAUUAAGAAGACAGCUCACGAGCUGGGAAGCCUCCAACAAUAGCAAUAACGUUAAUACAAACAAUAAUAUUGGUAGAUUGAUGAUGCAAACUAAAAAGGCCGACACAAAAACAGUAGAAUAUAAUAAAUUGCUCAAGAAUUUCAAAAAUGAUAAGUUCAGUAGAACUGAAUGGGCUACUCUUUUCAACAAAGAGUUCAAACAAUUGAUAAAACAGGCAAGGAGAAAUCUUGAGAAGGACAGACAAAAAUUGAAUGAUGAAAAUGACCAUGAACAUGGAAUAGAAGGCCUUACAGAACCAUCAAUAGAAAAUAGUAGUCUUUUCAAUAAGAAUGAAACCUCAUAG